GCGUCUUUUAUUUUGAAAGUCUUCAAGUGCGGAAGAAGUGCUCAGUGUGUCAUUCACAUAUGGGAUGAUUUUCUCUGAGUUUGUAGGAAACUAAGAAUAUAAUUCAGAAAAAAAUGUAAUUAAGAUUUAACUGUAUUUCUGAAGUUUUUAGUUAUUAUUAUAUUAUUAAGGUGUUUUUUUUGCGCUGUGUUAAUCAAUAAUGCGGAGAGUGACUCUGUUUAUUAACGGAACCUCCCGGAAUGGAAAGGUGGUCGCGGUUUACGGCUCUCUGGCUGAUUUAUUAUCUGUAGCGAGCGCCAAACUGGGAAUCAAAGCUGCGAACAUCUUUAACUCUAAAGGUGGAUUGAUUGACGACCUCGCUCUGAUCAGGGAUGAUGAUGUGCUUUAUGUGUCUGAAGGAGACACUUUUGUUGCCCCUCUUCGAGACCCGGAAGUUCCACACUUUAACGCUCACACUGAUUGGCUGACACUGAAUGUGGGCGGGCGCUGCUUCACCACAACCCGGAGCACGCUGGUGAAGGAGCCGGAGAGCAUGCUGGCCCACAUGUUUGGAGAUAAAGAUGUUUGGGGGAACAGGCAGGAUGACUGCGGUGCGUAUCUGAUUGACCGCAGUCCAGAUUACUUUGAGCCCAUUCUGAACUACCUGAGACACGGCCAGCUCAUCGUCAACGACGGGAUCAACCUUCGAGGGGUUUUGGAGGAGGCUCGUUUUUUUGGGAUUGAGCGUCUCGCUGAGCAGCUGGAGGCCGUUAUCAGGAAUUCGCAGCCUGCUGAUGAUCACUCUCCCAUCUCCAGAAAAGAGUUUGUUCGUUUUCUGCUCGCUACGCCGACAAAGUCAGAGUUACGCUGUCAGGGUCUGAACUUUAGCGGCGCUGACCUCUCGCGGUUGGAUCUGCGCUACAUUAACUUUAAGAUGGCGAAUCUCAGCCACUGUAACCUCACACACGCCAACCUCUGUGGAACCAACCUGGAGCGAGCUGACCUGUCCAACGCCAACCUGGAUGGAGCGAAUCUGCAGGGAGUGAAGAUGCUCUGCACUAACGCUGAGGGAGCUUCGCUGAAAGGCUGCAACUUUGAAGAUCCUGCUGGACUCAAGGCCAAUCUGGAGGGUGCUAAUCUGAAAGGAGUUGAUAUGGAGGGCAGUCAGAUGACCGGUAUUAACCUCCGGGUGGCGACACUGAAGAACGCAAAGCUAAAGAACUGUAACUUGCGAGGAGCCACGCUGGCCGGAACCGAUCUGGAGAACUGUGACCUGUCCGGCUGUGACUUGCAGGAGGCGAACCUGCGCGGCUCCAACGUUAAAGGGGCCAUUUUUGAGGAGAUGCUGACGCCCCUCCACAUGUCCCAGAGUGUCCGAUAACUGGAAUAUCUCCACUUUUCGUCCCUUCUAUCCUCUUCUCACACUGACCACAGCGGUUCUGUCAGAGCUCUGACUUUUCUAACCAGUGAAAAUCAGAAAUGGACACUGCAGUUGCGGAUGGUCUGUUGUUUCAGUGUUUACAGUGGAGCUUUGGAGUGUUAGCUCAGUUUAGCUGUAGAUGAAAGUUUUUGUACAGAAAUGUUUAAUACUGAACUGCAUUAUUUUAAAGAGUUUUUUCUGUUUAAAGUCAAUUCUGUGACCAAAACUGUGAACUGAUUAAAUGUAAGUUAAUGGAUAAAACAUUUUGUCUGCUUUUAUGUUUGCGUUGAUAGAUGUUAUGUGAUAGUUUUGUGCUCCUGGUCUCAGUAAAAUGAUUAGAGUGGAUUAUUUUGCCUCACUGGUUUAGAUGUCCAUAUGCCACUGCUACUGCUGGCUGUUUUAAAAGUGUUUAAGUAAAGUGGGCCUCAUCAUGAAACACAAGCAGAACAAAUUUGUCUUUAAAUCAAGUAACUCGUAUGGGAACAAGCUUGAUCUGGAUCCAGCACCUCGUUCAAAACCAAGAAAAUCACAAUAAUAUUUUCUACAAACAGCUUACACAGUGAGUAGGAAGUUUUAGGCACCUUAGAAAAUAUUUUAAAAAGAUGUUGGUCUGGGCAGUAAGCUUUUGCUGGCUUAUAUAAACCCUAACGUUAGUUUCCAUCCAACACCUGCUUUACCUAAUCAGUUCUUCAUUAAAUUAAAUCAGGUGCUGCUGAUGGAACUGGACAAAUGAAUCUGAAGGCUGGAGAGCAGCGAAAAGUCAGGAACCAAACCUGUGUUCUUUUAACCUGCAUAUUCAGAACUUUGCUGACAAACAUGUUCUGACUGCUGUAUUUAUGUUCAUUAGUUCUUAUUCUGUUAUAUAUGGGAAUAAAAAAUAACACUUUUUUUUUAUCCAGAUAAAUAGUUUGAACAGUUUGGUCAGGGGAUUAAUACAUUUGCACAGUAUUGUAUAUUGCAUAAUAAAAUGUGGAAAGUGAACUAAAGUAGCACCGUGUCACCACACUUUAACUUUUAACUCCAGUUUGGUUGCGUCAGCGUCAGUGUGGUUUUUAUUACUGUUUAUCACUCACGGGUCCUUCAGCUCAGUAACUCUCAACUAAAACACUGGCUUCAGUUUGUUAACUACUCAAUGUUAGAAUCUGUUUAAACAAACUCAUGUAUGAUAGAACUUUCAGUACCCUAGAACCUUCUUAACUCACUGGUUAUUUUAAGAUCCGUCUUUGUGGGGAAAUCUCACCCCGAAAAAAAAAAAACACCUCCUUUAACAGGAUUUUUGUUUGAAUUAAUUUUAUGAAUUUUUCAUAUGGUUGUGUAUGUAUGAAACAUAUAAUCAAAAUAA